AUGAUCGAUCCAGAAGCGUUCAAGAAGUUCUCCCCUUUCAAAGGCUCGCACAGCGAUUCUUCGUGCAACUACAACCUCGCCAAUACGACCUCUGAUCUCCUCAAGUUCCAAUUGCAGGAGCAGUAUAGACAGAAGUUGCUGGAGCUCACCAGUGCCAACGACUCAAACACAACAGCCCUCAAGGCCCAGGAUUUGCAUUUGCUCAACACGGCAGUCCUUCAAGAUUCGUUCAAUUCGCAUUUGCAAUCGACUCUUGAUGACGGUGUGGUUUCCAUUCAGAACGACUCAUCCUAUUCAUCUCUUAGUCUGGGAACGCCGGUAACGUCUGAAGACGAAGAAUCGUUUGAAAUCGAGUCUUUCAUCGACAACAAAGCCAAUACGCCCAAUUACCUCAACUUGAAGGUUUUGAUCGAAAACUCGAUUUUUGACACCUCCAAGAUCAACAAGGAUGCGGUGCUAUCGCUUUCCAGCUUAAAGCGCUUGAAACGGGCAAUUGCUAGUAACCGUGAGAAACAACACUACUUGCUUGACAAGAUCACGUUAUCCCAACAGUUUAUAGCCGACGUGGUCGUAGAAGACCUCAACUCGCCUGCGAAUAACGUCAACAACGUCGAUGCCAAGCUCAUCGUCAAGAUCUUGAAGCUGACAGGCUCGUUACAGAACCAGUUGAUCGCUGUUAACUCUCAUUUAGACAUGUUGAACUCAAAGUUGAACAACCAUAACAUGGCUUGUUUGGUUUUGGGUUACGUAGAAGAUGUCAAAUUGUCGUCUGGAGGUAAACAGAUCUAUACCGAAGAUGGAAAUAUCACAACGGCAUCGUCUCCUGCAGCUUCUCCCAUGAGACAUACCAACUCGACUUCGAAUUCUAAUAAUAAACAGGAUUCGUUGCUCAAGUCGUUUGAUUCUAUGUUGUCACAUAUUGUCUCAAUCGCUGCGCAACGUAACAUCUCAUUACCCAAUCCUCCUCUUUCAUCUGAGGAUAUGGAUCUCAGAACGAAAUGGGCUCAGGAUUGCAUCGAUAAGAUUCUCAAUAACAACCAGACAGAAGUAGACGAGCUGAUGGCAUCACAAGGUGGAUAUCUCAGUAAUUACAACAAUACCAACAACAAUAAUACCACUAACAAUUACACUAAUAAUAUCUCCAAUGGUCCUACGCCUUUAAGUUCGCCUACUAAGUACCAAUCGUAUCUCAACGACACUUCUUUCUAUUCUAAUGCCUCCGCUUCUCCGGCCAAGGGUUCAAAUGACAAGAUGAUCCAGGAAUACAAGACAGCACUCAAUGACUUGCGUUUCUCCUACCAAUAUUUGAACAAGGAGUAUGAGCUCUCGAGGGAUAGCUCACAGAAGUUGAUCCAGGAGUAUAGAAAGAAGAUCAGCCAGUUGGAAAAGGACCACGCCAAAAUACCUCUGUCUGUAUCCUCUUCAGAUUUGAAUCUGAACCAUGAUACUCUUUCCAGUAAAGACAAGGAAAUCGCCAAGUUGAGAAAGGAAUUGAGUGCCAUGAAGGUAGAACAACUCGGAAUGAAAAACAACAAUGCUUCAUCAUAUUCGUUGUUGAAUGCUUCGCCCAGAUUGUCCAGUGAAGGUGUCAACCUCCAUACUUCUGUUUCUCCCAUAACUGGUGAACUGUUGCAUAUUCCACAUGAUAGUAUCAAUAUAGAUGAUGAUGACGAGAACUUGUUGUCUGCUAGACCGAUCUCUGGCAUUCCUUCGAACAGCACAAGCAACGCGAUCUUAAGAAAAGAGUUCAAGAAGAUCGUCAAUGACAUCCAAGACCAAUACGAGGUUGAGUUGGGCGAAGAAAGAUACAAGAGACGACUUUUGCAAGAGGAGUUGGUACAAUUGAAAAAACAGUAA